ACUGCUUGCCGGUAACAUCCCCUUUCAGCUUCUAUAAAGAACAGUGUGGAGCGCAAGAGGAGCGCGAGAGAAGCCAGCGAGGGCUGCUGAGAACUUGUCGCCUGUCUGCAGCGGCGGAGACACGUUAGCAGGUUGCCAUGGCAUCUAGACCCAACAUGAUGGCCCCCAUUUGUCUGGUGGGAAACAGCAAUGGGCAGCUGUCAGUGAAUCAGGAAGCUCUACAGAUUCUUGACCAGAUUUCUCAGCCUGUGGUGGUCGUGGCCAUUGUAGGAAUGUAUCGUACAGGCAAAUCCUACUUGAUGAAUCAACUUGCAGGACAGAACCAUGGUUUCCCUCUGGGCUCUACAGUGCAGUCUGAAACCAAGGGCAUCUGGAUGUGGUGUGUGCCUCACCCCUUAAACACUGAUCACACUCUGGUCCUUCUGGACACCGAAGGUCUGGGCGAUGUGGAAAAGGGCGACCCUAAGAAUGACUCGUGGAUCUUUGCCCUGGCCGUGCUCCUGAGCAGCAUGUUUGUCUACAACAGCAUGGGCACCAUCAACCACCAGGCCCUGGAGCAGCUGCAGUAUGUGACAGAGCUGACAGAACUCAUCAGGGCCAAGUCCUCCCCUCCACCAGAUGGAGUAGACGAUUCCUCAGAGUUUGUGAGCUUCUUUCCAGACUUUAUCUGGGCUGUACGGGAUUUCACCCUGGAGCUGAAGUUAAAUGAUCACUCCAUCACAGAAGAUGAAUACCUGGAUAAUGCCUUGAAACUAAUUCCAGGCAGGAGUCCCAAAGUCCAAAUAUCCAAUCUUCCCAGAGAGUGUAUCCGACAUUUUUUUCCAAAAAGGAAGUGUUUUGUCUUUGACCGACCAACAACUGACAAAGAUCUCCUAGCCCAUAUUGAGACGGUUGCAAAACACCAAAUGGAUCCUAAAUUCCUGGAACAAACAAAGAUGUUCUGUUCUUACAUCUUCACCCAGGCGAGGACUAAGACCCUCAGAGAGGGAAUCCCUGUCACUGGGAAACGGCUGAGGACUCUAGUGGUGACUUAUGUGGACACCAUCAAGAGUGGGGCUGUGCCUUGUUUGGAGAACGCAGUGACAGCUCUGGCUGAGCUUGAGAACUCAGCAGCCGUGCAGAAGGCGGCCGAUCACUACACUGAGCAGAUGGCCCAGCGAGUGAGCUUCCCCACAGACUCACUCCAGGAGCUGCUGGACCUGCAUGCAGCCUGCGAGAGAGAAGCCAUUGCCAUCUUCAUGCAGAACUCCUUCAAGGAUGACAACCAGAUGUUCCAGAAGAAUCUUGUGGAAAUCAUACAGGGUGAGAAGGAUGGGUUCUUGAAGCAGAAUGAAGAGGCAUCUGUUAAAUACUGCCAGGCUAAACUGGAUCAGCUUUCAGUGGCCCUACAGGAAGGUAUUUCAGCAGGAAUGUUCUCUGUUCCUGGUGGGCAUAAGCUCUACAUGGAAACAAAGAAAAAGAUUGAAGAGGACUACUUCCAAGUGCCCAGGAAAGGAGUGAAGGCCAAUGAGGUCCUCCAGAGCUUCCUGCAGUCUCAGGCACCAAUAGAGAAAUCCAUCCUGCAGGCAGACAAAGCGCUCACGGACCAGGAGAAGGCCAUGGCAGAGGAGCGGGCCAGGAAGGAGGCAGCUGAGAAGGAACAGGAGCUGAUGAGACAGAAACUGCAGGAGCAGCAGCAGCAGAUGGAGGCGCAGAAGAGGAGUCUUGAGGAAAAUAUGCUUCAACUGCAGGAGAAGCUGGAGAGAGACAGAGAGAACUAUAUAAAAGAGCAGAAUAUGAUGUUGCAGCAUAAACUGAAGGUUCAAGAAGAUAUGCUUAAAGAUGGAUUUACAAAACAAGCUGAAGCACUGAAUAAUGAAAUCAGUCACUUGAAAAAUAUGAUUUCUACCACUGAAAACAAUAAAGCCUCCUGGUUUGAAAGAAUCCUAGAGCCAGCUGUCACCACGAUCACUUCAGCACUGUGUGAUAGACUUGUUGGUGGUAUUGUGAAAGGCGUUGGCACCCUGUUUAAGAAGAAAAGUCUUCCUUUAAAGAAAUUAUAGAAUGUGGAUACAUGCUCUGGCUUGCUUAGGGGUGUAUAUUCUUUUCAAUUUUAUUUACAUAAGUUUUAAACAUAGUAAAUGCCUACUAAAAUAUAUCAAUGCCUAGCCCACGUCACAUAAAAUAAAUGCAU